GACCGAGCUGAUUUCGCAAAUCUAGAACUAUCUCGCAGCGAUCCAGCGGUGCAAGACACUCACCGUGUUUGAAGAGAUAAAUUAGAAUUCUGUUAAAUGCCGCAUUGUGACAUUAAUUGUCAUAAUUGUGAUUGAUUAUGGAAAUUUCAUCUCGUUUGGAGAAAACGAAGGCACGAAAGUGCGAAUCCGAGGAUGUGAUUCAAAUACCGAAGAUCCUCGAAACGAAGGUGGAACCGCUGUUUUCUCUGCCGUCGGACUUGAUGAGUCCUAAAAGAAGCAAGAGGAAAAGAGAGGCACCUUACACAGUGAAACGUCUUCGCGAAGAGAAGUUUCGCAGAUUUAUGGUGGGUUUGAUAGUGAAACCAGAGCUGGAAAUGGAUGUGGAUCUGAGUGACGAUAAGGACAUCAAUAGAUAUUAUUAUUACAUUUGCAACGGAGUCGAUACAAUUCGCACGGUGAGCAUCGAGGACGUUUUCGCCGAGGCGAUACUCGAUCUGGUUCCCGGCAGUCUACGGGAGAAAUUUCCCGAUUUUGUCGUUGAUCUGAUCCUCGAGAUCAAGGAGGACUUCACAAAGAACAUGAAGAAGGCUAUCGUCGAGUACGCGCUCGCGGAUCCUUUCGAGGAAUAUCCAUCACAGUUUUUAACAAUAAAGCUAAAUAUCAUAGAGCACUGCCGCGAAUUUCUGCAUACCAAUCUGUAUUUGAUAAAUCCAUGCAUGCGGAUGACUGUGGAGCAAUGGGCUCGCGAUUACAGUACAUUUCGGCUGAUCAAUUUGGAGCACAUCGUCGUGCACAAGGAAAGUUGGGAUCUGACGAACUUUUACUCUCUAAUCGCUCAUCAGAUCGUUGCCAAUCGGAGAAUUCUGAAAAAAGUCUGGUAUAGCGGGAUUCAAGACAUAUUUCUCGUGAAUAAUAGAAAGAAUAUGAUACCCAGUCCGCUGCGACGUAAGCAGUUCAAACGGUUCUUCAAUUGUGCUGGCAAGCUGAUGGAGGCGCAGCUUUUAAGGAUCUGCAAACACUCUCUGCGGGAAUUCGUUAAUUACGUCGUAAAUGGCAAGCCCGUAGCUUGCCGCUUUAAAGUGAACAUCGUCGUGGUCUCCAAGGAACUCGCUUUCCAACCAUCUUUCGACAAAUUUAAGGAAUCGCUUUGCGACAUUCUCGGGAUGAUGUGCGAUGCCAUGCAACAUUUUGAUAGAUUAGAGACACAACUCUACCUUGACUGGGCAGGACCUCAAGAAUUUCUCAAGCCGAAGAUAUCGCAGAUCAUCGUGGAGCAGUUCAAGGGAGAGAUAAAGCAGCUGAUCGAUCGUGAAAGAAUAAUCCCGGAGCAGAAGCUGGCAGAGUUGAGAAAAUUCGCUCAGUUUUACAACGACGAGGAACUCGGCCGGACGAAGGCUUUCUUGCUAAUCGAUAAGAUCAAGCUGGAGGAGUACGAGAAGAAAAUUGAACUCUAUCACGAUCUCGUCGGAAGAAUACCGAUCGAUAUCGAGAGGACAGUUUUCGCGGGAUUCUUCGAAGUUUCUCACGCGCCCUUCAUUACGGCCGUGGUGGAGAACAUUGGGCACUUCAAAGGGCUACUAAUUCAGCGCCUUGUCGACCGAUAUCAGAAUACGGCGAAGAAUGCCAUAGCGGAAUAUGAAGCUAUAUCCGAGCGAGUCCUCACUCCACCUCCCAAUACCGCGGCUCUGAUGGAACUCAUCAAGUUCGUCCGAAUUACCAGUGACGUCACUCUAAAGAACUUGGAGCUUAGACUGCUGGACGUGAUCGAGCACAUCACGUUCCUGUCGGAUUACUGGCUGCUAACAGAGAGCGAGAUAAGUAACAACAAUGUGGCCUUCCAAUGGUAUCACAGAAUGUCCCAGAUCUUGGAAGACAACCGAGUGAUCGUCGAGAAUAAGACGCAGGAGUACCAAGAUGCGCUGAAAGUUAGAUAUCAGAAAUUCGUUGAGGAACUGGACUCGUACGUGAAACAAGUGGAAGAGAUGAAAUACUGGGGCGACAUCGAGGAAGUGGAUCGGUAUCAUCGCAAGGCGCAAAGUUUGGAGAACCGGUUGAUCGCGGCAAUGGACAAGAUCGACAAGUUCAACGAGGAGGAGGUUGCCUUCGGUUGGGAAAUCACGCAAUAUCCGUUACGAAAACGGAUUGCUGAUCGUUUGCUACCGUUCAAGAAGCUCUUCGACAGCAUCUGCGAGUAUUUGGCCAAAUAUGACAAAUGGAUAAACAGCACAAUCGGUUCUUACAACCCCGAAGAUAUUGACAAUGACGUAGGAACAUAUUACAGGACAAUCUACAAGUUGGAGAAGGCGUUCCAGGAGCCGGACGUGCGUGAAUUAGCGGCCGCGGUUCGUGAGAGAAUCGAUGAGUUUAAGGAACGGAUGCCAAUGGUGAUGACUCUGGGUAAUCCGGGAUUGAAAGCGCGGCACUGGGAUCAGAUUUCGGCGAUUGCGGGCAUUCCGAUCAAGUUCGAUGCCGAUCUAACACUGGGCAAGGUCCUGCUUAUGGGUCUGGACGCUUUCGUCCCGCAAUUUGAGGGCAUCUCCGAAGCUGCCACGAAAGAGGACACUCUGGAAAGAGGCAUGGACAAGAUGUAUCGAGACUGGAGCGAUCAGAUCUUUACGGUGAAUCCUUACAAGGACACCGGCACCUUCGUCAUCGCCGGCGUCGACGAGAUACACCUCUUACUGGAUGAUCACCUUACAAAGACAGUGAUCAUUAAAAAUUCGCCUUACAUCAAACCCUUUGAGGCUAGAAUACUCAAGUGGGAGAAGACAUUGCACCUGCUGGAGAACAUUCUGGAGCAAUGGUUGAAGGUGCAGGGCACGUGGAUGUACUUGGAGCCAAUCUUCACCUCGCCGGAUAUCCAACAGCAGAUGCCGGAAGAAGGAAGGAAGUUUGUGCAGGUCGACAAGAUUUGGCGGGAGAUCAUGAAGACUGUUUACGGCGAGCCGCACGUUCUCGCUAUCGUCGAGAUCGAGAAGAUGCUGGAUCGUCUGAAAAAGAGCUUUGGGCUGUUAGAACUAAUUCAAAAAGGUCUGAAUGAAUACUUGGAGAAGAAGAGACUCUUCUUCCCCAGGUUCUUCUUCCUUUCCAACGACGAGCUACUGGAGAUUCUCUCCGAGACGAAAGAUCCGACACGCGUGCAGCCGCACCUGAAGAAAUGUUUCGAGGGCAUAGCUCUACUGAAGUUCAACGAAGAGCUUGAAGUGCUGGCGAUGCGAUCCACGGAAGGCGAGGAGGUUAUUAUCUUAGAGAUCAUAUCCACUUCCAUCGCUAGAGGACAAGUCGAGAAGUGGCUGAUCGAGCUCGAGACGGAAAUGCGGAAAAGCGUGCAUCACAUGGUGCAUCAAGCGAUCCUGGCGUACCACAUGAAGGCGAGAACGACUUGGGUCCUCGAAUGGCCCGGUCAGACUGUUCUCUGUGUAGAUCAGACGUAUUGGACGCAACAAGUCGAGGAGGCCAUGCUGAAGGGAGUGGCUGGUUUGAAGAGAUACUUGGCGCAAUGCCAGGAAGAGCUCAACGACAUCAUUUUGCUGAUCAGGGGAAUCCUCUCGAAGCAGAAUCGCAUCACGUUGGAGGCGCUGGUUACUUUGAAUGUUCACAGCAAGGACGUCCUCGCGGAUCUCUACAAGGAGAAAGUUGUAAAAAAUACCGAUUUCAGAUGGUUGUGCCAACUUAGAUACUACUGGCUGAAGGACAACAUGUGGGCGUAUAUGAUCAAUUCAUACAUACGCUACGGCUGCGAGUACCUCGGCAAUACAUCUCGCCUGGUAAUCACUCCCCUGACGGAUCGAUGCUACCGCACCCUUUUCGGCGCCUUGAGCCUUCACCUGGGCGGCGCACCCGAAGGACCCGCCGGUACUGGCAAAACGGAGACCACGAAGGAUUUGGCAAAGGCGGUCGCCAAGCAGUGCGUGGUCUUCAAUUGCUCCGAGGGCCUCGACUAUAUCGCGUUGGGCAAAUUUUUCAAGGGUCUCGCCUCGUGCGGCGCCUGGUCUUGCUUCGAUGAAUUCAACCGGAUCGACCUGGAGGUCCUGUCGGUCGUCGCGCAGCAGAUCCUGACGAUUCAGUGCGCGAUCAACGCCGGCGCCGAGAAGAUAAUCUUCGAGGGCACGGAGAUCUAUCUCGACCACACCUGCGCUGUAUUCAUUACUAUGAAUCCGGGUUACGCCGGCAGAACCGAACUGCCGGACAAUCUCAAGGCCCUCUUCCGGCCAGUGGCAAUGAUGGUGCCUGAUUAUGCUCUUAUUGCGGAGAAUACCUUGUACUCUUACGGCUUCUACAAUGGUAGACCGUUAGCCGUGAAGAUCGUUACCGCUUACAAGCUCUGUUCGGAACAACUCAGCAGUCAGCAUCAUUAUGAUUACGGCAUGAGGGCAGUUAAAUCCGUGCUGAUCGCCGCCGGCAAUCUGAAGCUUCGCUAUCCUGUUGAAUCCGAGGAUAUCUUGAUGCUGAGGAGUAUCUUGGAUGUUAAUUUGCCGAAGUUUCUAGUCCACGAUCUACCGCUCUUCGAAGGAAUAGCUUCGGACCUGUUUCCCGGUGUUGUGCUACCAACGCCGGAUUAUACGCACAUCAACGCGUGCACGGAGGAUGCGUGCGCCGCGGCAAAUCUGCAGUGCACGGACCACUUCCUGCAUAAGAUCCAGCAGAUCUACGAAAUGAUGAUCGUCCGUCACGGCUUCAUGAUCGUCGGGCUGCCGUUCGGCGGUAAAACUUCAGCCUACCGAAUGUUGGCGGAAUGUCUCGGCCUCUUAGAGGACAGAAAGUUGAUGGACGAGCAUCGCGUAGAGAUCACCGUCAUCAAUCCCAAGGCCAUCACGAUGGGCCAAUUGUACGGCCAAUUCGAUCCCGCGUCGCACGAAUGGAGCGACGGAGUUCUGGCGGUGUCCUACCGAGCCUUUGCCACUUCCGUUAACCUGAACAGGAAGUGGCUGGUCUUCGACGGCCCGGUAGAUGCAAUUUGGAUCGAGAACAUGAAUACGGUAUUGGAUGACAAUAAGAAACUCUGCCUUACAUCCGGAGAGAUCAUCCAGCUCGCACCUACGACGAAUCUGAUUUUCGAGCCUAUGGAUUUGGACGUUGCAUCACCUGCCACGGUGUCACGGUGUGGUAUGAUCUACAUGGAACCGGUGAGUCUGGGUUGGACGCCACUUUUGUUCUCGUGGAUAAACACAUUACCGCCCAGUUUCACCGAGGAAAUUAAGAACUAUUUGGAAGACAUGUACAUGCGCUUUUGUCCGCCUCUGUUGCAUCUGAUACGUCGUUGUGGCGCAAAGGAAAUGAUAACGAUGCCGGAUGCUAAUCUAACGCGCUCAGUUAUGUACCUGUACGACUGCUUCCUGGAUGAUUUUCGCGACGAGAAGUACAUGAGCAUGAUUUCCGAAUUGGACAUGAUAGCGCAAGUGGAAGGCUGCUUCUUUUUCUCGUGCAUCUGGGCGAUGGGCGUCACACUAAUGGCCAACUACCGUGAGUGGUUUAAUAUUCUCUUCAGGGCGUUGGCGGAACCCGAAUUUCCGGAGGAAGUUCGCCAACGCUUUGGUAUAUCGGAAAUCGACAAUCCGAAGGAACCCUAUGUAGUCUCUUUGCCGAUCACCGGAUCGGUCUUCGACUACAAGUACAUCAAAGAGGGUAAGGGCAGGUGGCAACUCUGGCUGGAGGAUCUGAAGGAUGUUCCGCCGAUCCCCAAAGACAUGCCGGUGAACCAGAUCAUCGUCUCCACAGUGGAGACUGUCCGAUAUUUCCAUCUCUUCUGGUACCUCGUUCGCCAUCACAAGCCAGUCCUUUUGGUCGGACCGACGGGGACCGGAAAGUCUGUUUAUAUUAUGGAGUUCCUGCUGAAGAAAAACAAUCCCGAGAUUUUCAAACCACUCUUUGUGAUAUUUUCGGCGCAGACCACCGCCAAUCAGACACAGGAUAUCAUUAUGAGCAAAUUGGAUCGAAGAAAGAAAGGUCUGUAUGGUGCGCCGCCCGGCCAGCACUGGGUGAUCUUCGUAGACGACGUGUCGAUGCCGCAGAAGGAACAGUUUGGCGCCCAGCCCCCCAUCGAGCUUUUGCGUCAAUGGCUCGACCACUGGACUUGGUACGAUCGGAAGGACGUCGUACCGAUCAAGCUCGUGGACGUCCAGCUGAUAUGCGCGAUGGGUCCGCCCGUUAGCGGGCGUGACGUCACGCCACGGUUCAAGCGGCAUUUCGUCACCCUGGGGAUCUCGGAGUUCGACGAUGAUGUCCUGGUCACUAUAUUUAGCAGGAUUACCGCCUGGCACUUUAAUACCCGUGGUUUCCCAGAUUUUUUUGAACCGUGCAUUAAUCAACUGGUCUACGCCACUCUGGACGUGUAUAAGGAGACGAGAAUAAAUCUGCUGCCGACCCCCGCGAAGUCACAUUAUCUGUUCAAUCUGCGGGAUUUCUCGCGGGUCAUUCAGGGCGUCCUGCUUUCUACUCCCGAAGCCAUCGUCGAUCUAAUAAGUAUGAAGCGGCUGUGGGUCCACGAAGUGCUCCGAGUUUAUGGGGACCGGUUAGUUGACGAAGCUGACAGUAGAUGGUUGGUGGAACAGAUUCGAAGGACUAUAAAGGAUCGCAUGGGCGACAACAUGGACCGACUUUUUUGGGAUUUAAAGGACGAGCCUGCUGCAAAAAUAACGGAGGUGCAUUUGCGAAAUCUCGUUUACUGCGAUUUUCACGAUCCAGUCGCCGAAAAGAAGAUGUACAUAGAGAUCCAAGAUUGGGACGGUCUCGCUGAAGCGGUAGAGGAAUAUCUCGAGGAGUACAAUGAGCUCUCCAAGACGCCAAUGGAUCUGGUACUUUUCAGAUUCGCGAUAGAGCAUCUCUCGAAGAUUUGCCGGGUGAUGAUGCAGUCGCGCAACCACGCUCUUCUGGUCGGCAUGGGCGGUUCCGGACGGCAAUCCCUGACGAAGUUGGCGUCUCAUAUAUUCGAUUAUGAGCUUUUCCAGGUACAGAUAUCUCAACAGUACGGCAUGUACGAGUGGCACGAGGACUUGAAGAAUAUCCUGCGGAAGAGCGCAGCGAGCGACCUGCAUACAGUCUUUCUCUUCAUGGACACGCAGAUCAAGGAGGAGGCCUUCCUCGAGGACAUCAGCAACUUGCUCAACUCCGGCGAGGUGCCCAAUCUCUUUGCAGCGGACGAGAAGUCCGAGAUCUGCGAGAAAAUGCGAAUCAUCGAUCGGCAGAGGGACAGAUCCGUGCAGACGGACGGCAGUCCGGUGGCUCUCUUCAACUUCUUCGUGCAGACGGUGCGUGAACACCUGCACAUAGUGGUGACGAUGUCGCCGAUCGGCGACAACUUCCGCAUCCGAGUCCGCAAGUUUCCCGCACUGGUGAACUGCUGCACCAUCGACUGGCUGCAACCCUGGCCCGAGGAUGCCCUGCUCGCGGUCGCCACGAAGUUCCUCGGCGAGAUUGAAAUGCCAGAAGACGAACGUAACGCCUGCAUCGCGAUGUGUCAGUACUUCCAUACGUCCACGCAGAAGCUGACAAGGGAUUUCCUGAUGCGUUUGGUUCGUUAUAACUACGUCACACCGACAUCCUACCUGGAGCUCAUCAACACGUUCAAAGAUCUCCUGGAUCGAAAACGGAAAGAGGUACUGCAGGGUAAGAGCAGGUACGAAGCUGGCCUCGACAGGCUGGACAGCACGCGCAAAGAGGUCACCAGGAUGCAGGAAGUCUUGGUAGCUCUUCAGCCGAAGCUGCUGGUGGCUGCGAAGGACGUGGAGCGCAUGUUUCUGGAUGUGCAGCGACAGAACGAGGAAGCCAGCGAGAUCGAGCAGAUCGUUAAGAAGGACGAGCAGGCCGCUAUGAUUGUCGCUGCGGAAGCCAACGAAAUUCGCGCUGAAUGCGACGCGAAUCUUAAGGAAGUGAUGCCAAUACUGGACGCGGCGAAUGCCGCUUUGAACACCCUGACUCCUCAGGACAUCUUCAUUGUCAAGUCCAUGAAACGUCCGCCGGCCGGCGUGCGAUUGGUCAUGGAAGCGAUUUGCAUACUAAAGGACGUGAAGUCGGAGAGGGUGUCGACCCCGGAGGGUGUAAUAGACGACUACUGGAAGCCGUCGCUUCGCAUUCUGGGCGACAUUAAGUUUCUAGAAUCGCUGCUGAACUACGACAAGGACAACAUCCCGGAGCGAAUCAUGCACAAGAUCCGCACGACGAUUCUAACGAAUCCGAACUUCGAUCCGGAACGUAUCAGGCAUGUGUCGACCGCCUGCGAAGGUCUCUGCCGCUGGGUGUUCGCCCUAUCGGAAUACGACAAGGUCGCUAAGGUAGUGGCGCCGAAGAGGCAAGCUCUGGCGAAGGCCGACGCUGUUUACGCUGCAGCGAUGGAACAGCUGACACUGAAGAGGCGCCAGCUGCAGGAAGUGCGAGAGAAACUGGCCCGAUUGGAAACUCUGCUGGCGCAACGAAGAGCGGAAUACAAAGCGAUGACCGAAGAGGUGAAGGACUGCGAGGAGAAACUGAGAAGGGCCGAAGAACUUAUCGGAGGCCUCGGUGGCGAGUACACCAGAUGGUCCGAGACCGCUAAAUCGCUCGGAGAAAUCUAUCACAAAUUAACAGGCGAUAUCCUGAUCGGUUCCGGUGUGGUGGCCUACCUCGGCGUCUUCACGAUGCAAUAUCGACAGAGGCAGGUGGAGAACUGGGUGGAGUUCUGCACUAAUCUGAAAGUCGUAUGUACUCAGGACUUCCAACUCACGCAAACAUUGGGUGAUCCAGUACUCAUCCGCGCCUGGAACAUAUUCGGCCUGCCGAGCGACCUAUUCUCCAUCGACAACGCCAUAAUCAUCACAAACUCGCGCCGCUGGCCGCUCAUGAUCGACCCGCAGAGUCAGGCAAACAAGUGGGUGAAGAAUAUGGAGAAGACGUCGAAUCUGCACGUCGUCAGAUUGACGCAGCCGGAUUACAUGAGGAUUCUGGAGAAUGCCGUGCAGUUCGGACAGCCGGUGCUGCUGGAGAACAUCGACGAGGAGCUGGACCCGGCUCUGGAGUCGUUGCUAAUGAAGCAGACCUUCAAAUCCGGCGGCGCGUUAUGUAUUAAGAUCGGCGACAGCAUUAUUGAGUAUUCCGAUAAAUUUCGAUUUUACAUCACUACGAAAUUACGAAAUCCACAUUAUUUGCCAGAAGUAGUAGUAAAAGUGACUCUAUUGAACUUCAUGAUCACACCGGCUGGUCUGGACGAUCAACUUCUAGGAAUAGUCGUUGCAAAGGAGAGACCCGAGCUCGAGGCCGAAAAAAAUCAGCUGAUAGUUCAAGGAGCGGCUAAUAAAAAGAUGUUAAAGGAGAUAGAGAAUAAGAUCUUGGAGGUGCUGUCCGCGUCCAAAAAGAAUAUCCUCGAGGACGAAACCGCCAUUAGUGUGUUGAGUUCAUCGAAAAAUCUAGCUAACGUGAUUCAAACUAAACAGACUGCCGCUGAAAUUACUGAGAGGUCGAUCGACGCGGCGAGAUUGCAGUAUACGCCAAUUGCAGUCUACAGUACCGUUCUUUUCUUCACGAUUGUCAUGCUGGCGAAUAUCGAUCCGAUGUACCAAUACUCCCUCGCCUGGUUCGUCAAUCUCUUCAAGAAUACGAUUGACAACACUCCGCCAGUAGAGGAAAUAAAGCAGCGUUUGAAGGACCUCACCAAGUAUUUCACCUAUUCCCUUUACGUCAACAUAUGCCGCUCGCUCUUUGAGAAAGACAAGCUGCUCUUCUCGCUACUGCUGUCCGUGAACUUGCUGAACAAGCAGGGCCAGCUCUCGACAGUCCAAUGGAUGUUCCUGCUGACCGGCGGCGUCGGCCUCGAGAAUCCUUUUGCCAAUCCUACCGAAUGGCUACCAGCGAGAUCCUGGGACGAGCUUUGCCGAUUGGACAGCGUGCCAGGGUUCACGGGAAUAAGAGACUCGUACACAAGAAAUAUCGACGAGUGGAAGAAGAUAUUCGAUCACAAGGAACCUCAUACUACAACCUUCCCUGCUCCUUGGAACAAAUUGAGUAGCUUCGAGAAGAUGCUGGUACUUCGUUGCAUUCGUCCUGACAAGAUAGUACCGGCGACGCAAUUAUUCGUCCAAGAGCAAUUAGGCCAUCAAUACAUCGUGCCACCGCCCUUCGAUCUGGCGUCGUCUUUCGCGGACUCGCACUCCUGCAUCCCGCUGAUAUUCGUCCUGACACCCGGCGCGGAUCCCAUGGCGAUCCUGCUGAAGUUCGCCGACGAUCACGGCUUCGCGGCCAGUAGGCUGUUUUCCUUGUCCCUGGGCCAAGGUCAAGGGGUCAUAGCCGAGGGUCUCAUUGAUGAAGGUGUAAAAAACGGCACGUGGGUGGUGCUGCAAAAUUGUCACGUCGUCAAGACUUUUAUGAUCACUCUGGAAAAAAUAUGCGAGAGUUUCACGAAGGAAACGGUACACCCCGACUUCCGUCUGUGGUUGACGAGUUAUCCGGUCGAGCACUUUCCCGUCAGCGUCCUGCAGAACGGUGUGAAGAUGACGAACGAGCCUCCCAAAGGACUGCGCGCGAAUAUCUUGCGGUCUUUUCACCAGGAUCCGAUAUGCGAUCCCGAUUUCUUCGACACGUCGAAGCAGCGGGUGACUUUCAAACGGCUGCUCUUCUCGCUCUGCUUCUUUCACGGCAUCGUGCAGGAGCGACGGAAGUUCGGGCCGAUCGGGUGGAACAAUCAGUACGAGUUCAACGAGACGGAUUUGCGCAUCAGCGUGUUACAGCUCAAGAUCUUACUCGAUCAGUACGACGACGUUCAGUUCACCGCGUUGAAAUACCUCACCGGCGAAUGCAAUUACGGCGGUCGUGUGACCGACGAGUGGGACCGACGGACCCUGAACACGAUCCUGAUGCUAUUCUAUCACGUGGAUGUGAUCGUGACCGAUCAGAAAUAUCUGUUCGACGAGAGCGGCCUUUAUUAUAUACCGCCAGUCAGCGACUAUACUGAGUUCCUGGACUACGUGAGAGAAUUGCCGAUGACAACUGCGCCUAGUAUAUUCGGCAUGCACGAGAACGCUGAUAUCAUUAAGGAUCAGCAAGAGAGCUACUUGAUGCUGUCCUCUGUUCUAAGCACUCAGGAUACCGGUCGUGCGGAAGUGGACACCGAGAAAUCGCCGGAUGAGACUGUUUACGGCGUCGCGGCCGACAUUCUGUCGAGGUUGCCGCAGGACUACGAUUUGAAUGCUACUCUGGACAGAUAUCCCACGCUAUACGAGCAGAGUAUGAACACCGUGCUGGUCCAGGAGAUGGGUAGAUUCAACAAACUCCUGCAGACCAUCCGGAGCAGCCUCGUGAACGUCCAGAAGGCUAUCAAGGGCCUGGUAAUAAUGAGUCCCGAUCUCGAAGAAGUCUACUCGUCGAUCAUCAUCGGUAGAAUAUCCAAGGUGUGGAUGACGGAUUCUUAUCCUUCUUUGAAACCGCUCGGCAGUUAUAUAUAUGAUUUUCUGAAGAGGCUGAAUUUUCUUCAGACUUGGUACAGGGAAGGUCCUCCCACGUCUUUCUGGAUUUCCGGUUUCUACUUCACGCAAGCGUUCCUCACCGGCGCCCGUCAGAAUUACGCGAGAAAAUAUUCCAUUCCCAUCGAUCUCCUGGUUUACGACUUCUUUCCCUUAAAGGACACCGUUUUCGAAAAGCCGCCGGUAGACGGAGUAUACAUUUACGGCUUAUUUCUUGACGGUGCUCGCUUCAACAUGGCUACAAUGGAGCUCGACGAAUCCUUCCCGAAGAUCCUUUACGAUACCGUGCCUUAUCUCUGGCUGAUGCCGAUGACGAAGGACCAGGUGCAGGAUAAAGACACGUACACGUGUCCUGUGUACAAGACCAGCGAGCGGAAGGGCGUGCUGUCGACCACCGGCCAUUCAACCAACUUCGUCAUCGCGAUUUGGCUACCGACGUCGCAUCCGCCGGAACAUUGGAUUCUGCGUGGCACCGCCAUGCUGUGCCAAUUGUCGGACUAAUACGUGAGAGCUUUUCUGACAGACGGGAAGAUCCUUGAGAAACUGGACAUUUUAAUGAG